ACCAAAGAAAUAUUUUGAAAAUGAUAUUACAAUGGACAGUGGUAGUCCUCUUUCGUCAUUUUUAAAUCAGUAUCAAAGAAACGAAGGAAAAACGGAAGAAGAAAACGAGGAAGAAUUAAUGGAUAAGGUUACGAAAAAAAAUAGAAAACAUAAAGCCAUUUUCAUGGAUUAUCCAUUGAUAUCAAAAUUGCGACAAACUUAUCCUAACUCGCCAGCCAACGACAUCGGUUAUAACGAUAUUUACGAUCCUAAUGUAGAAGAAAAAACAACGAGUAAUACGGGUGAAAAGUAUCACGAGAGCAAUAUCUUCUACAUUAGACUACCACCGACUCCCUAUAUGUUUGUACCAGGUUUAGGAUACAUUUCUCAACCACCAACCUACUCUACUGCCAACCUGAGACCGCAUAUCCCUCAGUCGAAACCAUCCAGACCACAAGUUCAAACUUAUCGGAGACCGAAUCCUUUUAUCAAGUUGCCGAUAGACUUUGUGAGCAACGGUAAGCCAACUUCCGUCUAUCAUUGGCAAAAGAAGAAACCUCUGACCAACGUCAAACUAACAACCGACAGUCCAAUCACCAAUCUCGACGAUCUCAAACCCGGUUUUGUGAAUAACGGUAAGCCAACGACUAUCUAUCAAUGGCACACGAAUCUGAAACCUGGCAAGAGGCCCGACAACUACGUCAAUAAUCUUGACAAGGGACCUUACCUAUUCAAUGGGAAACCAAUCAGUUUGUAUCUUCUUAAAUCAGACGGUACAAGUUCCGAUCAUCAGCCAAUUCGAUAUUCCGAUUUCGAGAAUGAUAAUUCGUAUUAAAACAA